CCUCGCGCAGGACUCCUCAACACACGCAGAUUGACUCUGGAUACACAGAUUCAGAAGAGAAGAGAACAGACAGGGAAAUAUUCGUCAGAUCACUCUGUGUAACCCGCUCAGCAAUGCCUCUAACGGUCGUUCCGGUCCUGGGCCCGAUCUCCGUGUCCGAGAGCCUCGUGGCCAUCAUCACCAUAUGUGUUGUGUAUCUGCUAAUGCGCCUCAUGCGCACCAAGAUUCCCGACGGGCUCCUGAAGCUUCCCGGACCCAAGCCUCUUCCCAUCAUCGGGAACGUUCUGGAAGUGGGAAGCAACCCGCACCUGAGCCUGACCGCCAUGAGUAAGUGUUACGGGCCGGUCUUCCAGAUCCAGAUCGGCACGCGUCCCGUGGUGGUGCUCAGCGGGAACGAGGUGAUCCGACAGGCGCUCCUCAAACAGGGCGACGAGUUCUCCGGGCGUCCCGACCUCUACAGCACCAGGUUCAUCAGCGACGGGAAGAGUUUGGCCUUCAGCACGGAUCAGGUGGGAGUGUGGCGUGCGCGUCGGAAGCUAGCUCUUAGCGCUCUGAGGACCUUCUCCACGGUUCAGGGCGAGAGCUCCGAGUAUUCCUGCGCUUUGGAGGAACACAUCAGCAAAGAGGGACUGUAUCUGAUCCAGAGGCUUCACAGCGUCAUGAAGUCCGACGGGAGCUUCGACCCGUUCCGGCACAUCGUGGUGUCCGUGGCGAACGUGAUCUGCGGGAUCUGCUUCGGCCGCCGCUACAGCCACGACGACGACGAACUGGUGGGUUUGGUGAACCUGACCGACGAGUUCGGGAAGAUCGUUGGGAGCGGGAAUCCUGCGGAUUUCAUCCCAUUCCUGCGCAUCUUUCCCAGUGCAUCCAUGAAGAAAUUCUUUGCCAUUAACGCUCGCUUCAACAAGUUCAUCCAGAAGAUCGUCUCGGAUCAUUACGACACGUUCGACAAGGACAACAUCCGUGACAUCACCGACUCGCUCAUCGACCACUGCGAAGACCGCAAGCUGGACGAGAACUCCAACGUUCAAGUGUCCGAUGAGAAGAUCGUCGGAAUCGUCAACGACCUCUUCGGAGCCGGCUUCGACACCAUCAGCACGGCUCUGUCCUGGGCUGUCGUCUAUCUAGUGGCCUAUCCCGAGAUCCAGGAACGCCUGCAGGGAGAACUGAAAGAGAAGAUCGGAAUGGAUCGAACGCCACGCUUGUCGGACCGAACGGACCUGCCGCUUCUCGAGGCCUUUAUCCUGGAGAUCUUCCGGCACUCCUCCUUCCUCCCGUUCACCAUUCCUCACUGUACGUCUAAAGACACGUCGCUCAAUGGAUACUUCAUUCCCAGAGACACCUGUGUGUUUAUAAACCAGUGGCAAGUCAACCACGACCCGGAACUGUGGAAGGAUCCGUCGUGCUUCAACCCUGACCGGUUCCUCAGCGCCGACGGGACGGACCUCAACAAGACCGAAGGAGAGAAGGUUCUGGUGUUCGGCCUGGGCAAGCGGCGCUGCAUCGGAGAGUCCAUCGGGCGGGCCGAAGUCUUCCUGUUCCUGGCCAUCCUUCUCCAGAGGUUAAAGUUCAGCGGGAUGCCGGGAGAAAUGCUGGAUAUGACACCAGAAUACGGGCUGACCAUGAAGCACAAGCGCUGUCUGCUACGAGUCUCGCCACAACCCGGAUACGCCUCGUGAUCCGGUCCGAGCCGCAAUCCGCAGCGGCCCUGUGGAAAGCUCCAUAUGCCAAAUAUUUGAAAGAUGUUUGUAUCAGUUCUGGUGCCAGUCGUUUCAACCAUCAUGAAGGCCGUUCACACCAAGAACGAUAACUAUAAGUAAGAGAUAAUGUACAUCCAGCCGGUAGUUAUAUCAGGAUAAACCCGACAGGGUCACACGACA